CCUUAGCUUCUAAGGCUGAGUAAGGCUUUGAUACAACCAGACUUCUGCCACCCUGCAUGCGGUAAGGUCCAGCCUCGAUGGCUACCGUGACAUCUGUACGGCGAUCGCAGCUCUAUUCGGCAGUACAUCAAGGCCUGCCCUAGCUUCCUCUUGAGUAAGGCGGGGUGGUUGAGGGUCUUGAGGAUGGGUUUAUAUCAAAUCCGACUCGACUCGCAAGGCUGUGCUCAGAUCCCCUCCCAAAGCUUACCCUUCUUUUCAAUCCGAAAUGGAUUCCGCCGCGGAUCUCAAGGCUCCUGCCAGUGCCACUCAUCGAAGCGUCGAUGACGAGAAAGACUUCGCGAACACGAAAGGAGAGACCUUACAAGCAACAGAACCAAACGGCAAUUCAGACUCUGAACGGUCCGAUGACAGACCCGAAGCCCGGACAUGGCGCACAUCGUUCUUGUACUUCGGACCACUCUCCGGCAUCGUUGCUAUGUUACUCGCCGCAGCCUCUGUUGUCGCAUGCCUGGGGGUUCUGGCGGGCUCUGACGGGCAGAGUGUUGAUGGUUGGAAGACUCCUCCAUCGACUUACAUCGCCAUCUUCACCGCCAUCGCCAACAUGUCGAUGCGAUAUGCCGCUAUACAGGGCGUGUUCAUUGCCUGGUGGCGGAGUGCUUCUAAGGGGAGUACUCUCGCUCGUCUCGAAACAUCCUGGCGCUCAGGCUUUAUGCUUCGAGGAGCGAUCACGGCCGGUCGUCGCAUGGGCUUACUCGGAUUUGCUUGUAUCUGCUCCACAAUCGUUGUGGUCGAUGGCCCGCUGAUCCAGCGUGCGUCUGGUGUCAUUCCCGUUCCUAGCUCCGCCAUGGUGCCUCUCAAUGUUACAAUGACUCCGGAGAUCCCUCACUCAGCUACCGGCGGUUGGGUGACAACAACGCAGGCUGGCAGGGCCAAAUACAACGGGUUGGUGUUCAACGAGACCAUCAUUACCGCCAAUGGCACGGCACCCAAUUUAGUGCAAGGCAUCCUUGGUCUCUCAUCAUUCUAUCACGCUACGGACCAAUGGAGAUAUAACUCGCCCCUGGGUGGUGUUAUACGAGGUUGUCCAGGCAGAUGCCUGGCCAAGCUCGAGGCACCUGCAAUGUUUCCAGUGGACUGUAAGACCGGAAGUCUCCCUGUUGACUUUCAUAUUAUCUAUCCCAACACAAGUUCUGUCGCGGAGCAAUCCACUCCUCCGCUGGAGUCGGACUCGUUCGCCACAGCCACGAGGCUCGUAGCCAACGGUCAAGAAUCAAUCAGCGUCUUUGCGGCUUUUGGGGACAUCCAAGACAACGGCACCGGAACUCUGCAUUACCGUACAUGCAUUUUUCGCUCCGGCAUUGGGUCAUACGACAUAUCCAUCGAAAACGACCAGAUUGUGAUGGAGUCGUUGCAAAACCCGAGGUUCGUCGCCUUUGCUAAUAACACCGCCGUCGACAACUCGAUGUCAAAGACGGUUGGUGGCCACCCCUCAACGCUUGCGGGCAUAUCGAGUUCGAUGAAGACAGAGAUGGAUUCGCUGGUCAGCUUCUACCGGGACAGUAGCUUCUCGGGAACACUCGAGCCUUUCUUAGAUGGACUACUGUCCCAGCAAUUUGCCAUACCUUCACCUUAUUUCAACUCAUACAGCGACCCCUUCGACUUUUUGGUGAACAGAAUGAACAGGCUUAUGGUGUACCUGGGAGGUGCGAUUGCUUCGAGCAAUGAUGCGGCCUACUACAACACUUAUUACAUGGACCCCGGACUAUCUCCACACACCGUCAUCAAUGGAGCCGUACAGGGAAUGGUGAGCGUCUACCACACCACCUACUACUGGUUCCUUGGGGCGGCGCUCAUCGAACUUUCGUGUAUUGCCGUGGUCGCACUGACAUACUGGGGCUGGUGGAGGAUGGGAAGGCCUGUGUCGCUGUCCCCACUCGAGAUUGCAAAGGCAUUCAGAUCUCCUCUGCUGGCGGAAUACAACUCGAACUCGACCGGCCGCGAACUGGCUGCUGAAGCUGGCGAAGUCUCCCUCAAGUACGGUGUUCUAGUCGACGACAAGUCAGACGGACAGACACAACUUGCAUUUGGCGAUCCUGCCCUCGUCUCUCAGCCAGUGAAGGGAAUGCGAUUCGACAAGUGAAUGUGUUCUGGAACGGAGACUGGAGACCGAAUUGGAUGUACCUGUUUCAUUGUAUGAUGAGUCAUGUAUUUCAUAUGUAUCAUCUUAUUUCUA